AGUGGAUUUAUGGAUGAGGAAAGAACACACUUCACGUCACAGCAAUACAAAUUUUCUUACUUUGGAGAAUGGGCAUUUGAAAGAGAGAGAACGAAAUACAAGAAGUCAAAAUAGAGUUUUUGAUUUCCAGUUUCAAAGAAAUCUAGCCAAUGAACAACAAUCAGGGCCUUCCAGAUCAUGUAUAGAUGUCAACAAACCAUCUAUGGAAAACGAGUCCAAUGUUUGCAGUGGGACAGUAAGCAUCGCUACCAUCGGAAAGAAGGCAAAGAAAAGGUGGUAAAGGUAAACCUAUCUGAGAGACAGCCUGAAAAGCAAGGGGCCCAACUAUCAGACAGCCCUGACUACAACAUUGACAAUGCAUCCAGAGGAAACACUGAAACUACCCAUGUAGUAAAUCACAAAGAAGAUGAAGAAAGAAUUCAGAAAGAAGUUCUACAACAACAUAUAACUAAUCCUGACCAGCAACCCAUUGUUCAUGAUUGUGAUGGGGAGGGAAAGGAAAGCAAAGAAGUGGUGGUAAAGGAGAGCCUAUCUGAAAGAGAGCUGGCCCAGCCUUUUUCAGAUGGCCCUGAUUACAACAGUGACAACCCCUCUAGCCAAAAGACUGAAACCGCCGAUUUAAAUCAGAUGCAAGCUAAAGCAGGAAUUCCGGACAUUCCGCAAGAAGUUUUACAACAACAUGGAACUAAUCUUGACCAACAAUCCAUUGUUCUUAAUUUUGAUGGAGAGGAUACUUCUGAUACUGAAAAUGAUGAGCACAUAGCAGUUCCACAGUUGAGGAGAAAGAAGGUUCCAUGGACAAUUGAGGAAGAACAGAUGCUUAGGGAGGGAGUAAGCAAGUUCCCAAGUACAGCUGGUGGUAACAUUCCAUGGAAGGAAAUUCUGGACCUUGGUUCUUCAGCGUUUCUUAACUGCCGAACUUCAGUGGACCUAAAGGAUAAAUGGAGAAACAUGUGUAAGGGAAGCCCGAAGCCCAAAUGAAAUGUUCUCAUACUGGUGGGGGCAUUGUCCAAACAGCUGGGAGGUGUUGAAGAUGUCAAUUAGUUUAGUUGGUAAACUCCUUUUGAUGAUUGCAUUAAAGCAUCAAGAAUCAAAUCUCAUCCUAAGCAGGAAAAAGAGGCUUUUUUUUUUUUUUUUCCUUUUGGUGUAACACAGGUGAAAGCCAACGUUUUUGAUAUAUAUAAAAAACAUUGUAAAUAUAAUCAGCAAUCUUCAGUCAAAAAAAUAUAUAAUCAGCAAUGAGCUUUCUGUGUUCAUCAAAGUGCUGAUUUCCGGUUAUGCUUUUAGUUUUUGGUCACUGGUUUCUCGGGUAUACGGUUUAUAGAGUUUUUGGCAAACAAUGUUUUCUUACAGUAAUAGACACAUGACAUCUUG